AUGCCAUUCGGAAUCAGUCUUCUACGGAGGGAAAGCCUAAGACGAUUAAUCUUAAGUGGAGAGGAAAGAUCUCCAGAGAUUCUUAUCUCAUUCCAUUCCAGUGGCUCGACCAGUAAGCAAUGGCGAAAACUCAAAAAUCCAUGGUUUCCCGGUAGAACUAGAACCCCAUUUCGCCCAAGUUCUUGCUCAACCGGAAAAAAGAAGGGGUUUUUCGCACAGCUUGCUCAUAGUGCGGGUCCCACUUGUAUAUUGUAUUUGUCCGAAGAAGGAUCGGACAGGUUGGAGUUCUUACCUUCUUCGGACUCUAUGGACCAAGAUCUGCUUUCAUUAUAUGGGCAAUACCGAUCGACUUUAGUAGAUCAUAUGGAUGUAGAAAAAGCUUCGGAUUUGAAUGAAUGUUCAAGAUCUCUUUUCCAUUUCUAUUUACCCAGUUCAUAUCUUUCUUUCGUGUGUUCCCGGGAGGAAUUCGAUCUCGGGAUACCACCUAAAUAA